CUAAUUUUUGAGUGUAUUUAUUUAUUUUUCAUACUAAAUCAAAUUUAACAGUAUAAUUAUUAUUAUUAUGUGUUAAGUUUAACAAAAUAUUUUUUAACAUAAAAUACAAAAGAACUAUUUAUAUUUUAUUUUAAGAAAAAUAUAAUAUAAUAAGUGGUAUAUAUGUAUAUAAGUAUUAAUUUUUUUUAAAAAAAUUUGUGGGGGCAAAUGUCCCCUCUAUAUUAAACGUGGGUUCGUCUCUGGCUGUGAAGGAAGAUGGGAGUUGUGAAUAGGUAAGCGGCGAUGGACUCAGCAACAACAUGACAGGAGUUAUGCGAUUUUUUUGUGAAGAAGUCGAGAAGAAGAAGAUUUUAGGUGAGGAUGAUUGAGUUUAUCUUGCAUGGCUAUAGAGUAUAGACUGAAGUUAUGAAUCAUGUGUGAUGUGAGGCAAAUCCUAAUUCCUAAAAAGUGUUUAUAUGUAUACAUUCGGGGCAAGUACACCCUAAACCCGACGAUACCUGUCUUGAGCAAAAUCGGUCAUGACUCGGGUCAAGUUAUUACCCUUUUCAUCCGGGUAUAGACGGGUCGGGUACCUGCGUAUUCGAAAACUCCUGCCAAGUCUAACCACGUAUUGAUACUCCUUUUAUUAAGGGUUUAUCGCUAGGCAAUUGAGUGCUAUAUACACAAGGCGAGAUUCUAACUCCUAAUAGUUGUUUAAGCGACGAGUGAGAUGAUCACUUAACAAACUCAAAUUGAUUAAGAUAAAUACUAAUUAUUUUUAAUAUUUUAAUAUUAAAAAUUUUAAGAGUUUGAUUUUAAUUAUAACUUUAUAAAAUAUUUAUAAUAAUAAUUACUAUAUAUAUUAUUUAAUUUUUUAAUAAAAUUUUUAAUAUAAUUUUAUGUAUUAUCUCGUACAAGGUACGCAACCUACACUAGUUAUAUAUAAAUAUAUGUAAUUGGAGAAAUUAACUAAAUGAGUAGAGCGGCUUUAUAGAUGGAAGUAAUGACCCAUUAAACUACAGAAGCACAAAUUAAGCCGUCAAAAAUUGCCACUUCUUUGAUGAAUCAACAUUGUUGGUUGUAAAUUGUAAUCCUGUUGUAAUGAAAAGUGAAUGUUUGUAGCAGAUAGAGACAUUGUUCAUAAAAAUUAAGCAUGGGUUGGUUCUCAUCAUCAAAGAUGUGCACCAUUAAUAUUGUGAUGGCUUUCCUGGUGUCCAUGAUCUCAAAGGGAUUGGCUCUGUCCAUCAGUUUAAGCGAUAUGGAAUGCGUAUCAGAGCAUGUUUUUCAUGAUGGUGACAUCGUUUCUGGCAGUUUUGUUGUCAUGGACCAUGAUAUUUUCUGGAAUUCUGAUCAUCCUGGCAUUGAUUUCACUGUGACAGGUCCAGGUGGAAGCGUGGUGCACUCUUUGAAGGGAACGUCGGGGGACAAGUUUGAGUUCAAAGCGGUGCAAAAUGGGAUCUACAAAUUCUGUUUUAUUAACCCUGUUUCAACUCCUGAGACUGUUUCUUUCUACAUUCACAUUGGCCACAUUCCUAACGAAAAUGAUUUAGCUAAAGAUGAGCAUUUGGACCCUAUCAAUGUGAAGAUUGCUGAGUUAAGAGAGGCAUUGGAAUCUAUUGUAUCAGAGCAGAAGUAUUUGAGAGCGCGGGAUGCCAGACAUAGAUACACAAAUGAGAGCACUCGAAGAAGGGUAGUGUUCUACACAGUGUUGGAAUAUGUGUUGUUCGCUGCAACGAGUAUAUUGCAAGUCGUAUACAUUCGUCGCCUCUUCAGCAAAUCUUUUGCUUACAACCGAGUCUAGUCCUACUUCUACCCUUGUAAUACAUUAUCAAAUUUAAACACCAUAAAAUUGUUAAGGACUAGAAUAUUUUUUCUUGGUUUCAUUUGUUUGGUUUAGUUAGAUAGAAAUUUGAGCCUUUCUUUUUAUGAUAAUAAGCAAUGUACUGUGAAUGAUAUGUAAU